CAGUGAGAGGAGGCACUUUGAAAUUAAAGUAGAUGAGAAUUCUGGUCUGGAGAUGGUUGAAGGCACCAACAUUUUGGGCCUGAUUUUCUGGUCCUCUGUUUUUGGCCUAAUCUUCCACACUGGUGGAAAUGAAGCUAGAAAAAUUAGAGAGACCUUUGCUGCCGUCCGCUUUUUCUCAAAAACUUGGCUCAACUAUUCUCAGAGUUUCUUUCCAUUUGGAGUACUAUUCAUGAUCUCAAGUCACAUCGUUGAGUUUCAGGACUGGGAAAUAAUCCCCAAAUUUGGAAAGUUCAUUGGAGUAGUUUUUGCCGGGCUUUGUUUCCAUGGAGCAGUAGUUUUACCACUAAUCUACUUUUACUUUACGAAACGUAACCCCGGUACGGUCGUCAGGAAGGUCCAUCCUGCCUUAUUCACCGCAUUCCUUAACGCAUCCAGCUUUGCCACUUUGCCACUCACAUUGCAAUGUUGUGAAGAGGAACUGGGGGUCGUCAGACCAAUAAGUCGCUUUAUGCUGCCAAUCGGGACCACAAUCCACAAGAAUGGAACUGCCCUUUACCAGGCGAUCGCUGUGCUUUUCAUUGCCCAACUCAAUCACAGCCACCCGAACCCCUGCCAGCUCAUAUGCAUUUUGUAA